UACGACUUAGCUUCGGGGUUAGGCAUAGGCGAUUUUUACAGUUCGCGAAACUCGAGUCAUCCGACUGGAAAAGGAGAGGUUAUGGACGAGCUGAGGAUCAACACUCACAACUUUAACUUUUGUUCGUCGAAUUUCGAUCUCAGGCGCAACAGACGGAAGAGUCUACUUGUAACGCUUGGUGCAAGGGAUGACAACAACUCCGAUCCCUCACUUAUAUAUGCUUGGCUUAACAAAAUGCAGUACGUACCUGUAUGUGCCCUCACAAAGUAUGAAACCCCAUUUUUUGCAACGUAUCGUCAUGGCUUUCUAUCGUCGGGCCUUGCACAUUUGACAUCUAGCCAUUAAGACGUCCCUCGAAGAGAAACCGACUACCUGCUUGAAGAUCUCCUCAGUAUUCAGUUUGGACGGCAUUCGUUUAGCUUAUUGGAUUUCUACCCAUGGAAUAUUGCCAUGGAUUUAAUAACUUCUUAUUAUCGAGCAGGGGGCGGUCUUAGAAGGCGGGCUAAAUACCGAUGCUGGAUACAGCACAGGGCGCAAGAGAACGGCGAGGCGGCUUCAGCAUCAAAAGUGUUGACAAUACCUUCUAUACGAGUCUCCACCGGGAUUCAAUGUCUGAUCGGGAAGCCCGAUGUCAGCAAAGGUCGUUGGAUAACGCGCCAUUGCGGGACAUCCUGCAUUUUCCAAGAGGUGCUAGUAAAUUCGUAUCGUCGGACUAGAUAUAUGAUGAUGUCUCCAUCGGAGAGAUUCCACGCUCGCGUUCAUAGGGACGUUGCUUCUUGAUCCUUCGAUGUCGGCUCUCCCUAUUGUACCGAAGAACUCGGUAAGCGUUGGAUUGUUGUUCAUUCACUAAUCGGGAACGUGAGCAUUUCAUGUCGGUGUCCUUCAUCGACGCACUAGGUCCUCCUAGUAGACAGAUCCCAUCGAAGACAGAUUCACCCGUACUCAGCUGUUGCAAAAAGAAGAUUUUCAACUCGGAUCCAUCUACCCCUCCGUCUCCGAAUACCGACGUAACGUGCAUCUGGAAGCGGACUAUUAUCUGUGUGAGAUAGGCUCUCAACAUUUUACACUGAUCCAUCGAAGAGGUUGUGUGGAUUAUUUUUGUACUGGAGUGAGCAAAUUGUCAAAAGUAUACGAUUCAGACCAUAGAGCGUUCUACUACUGGAUGAUAUCGGCCGGAUCCGAGGAAAGCGACACGUUCAGUAGCGGACUUGAUGCACACCUAAAACAGAUUAGAUUAGAUUAAUGGUGUCGGUAAUAAAACUACAAGGGGCGAGAGGUGUAAAGUUGUCCAGGCCGAAAAAAGGCUGACGGGAAAGGGUGUAUAAGAAACAGACUGCGAA